CUUUGAAUAUAUAUUAUUGCUUGUGUGUAUUACACAGAAACAUGGAUGGUGAAGUGCAUUUCUUUCCAAGCACAAAGGGGCUCCUAGAAUUUGAUGAAAUAGCAGAAUUUAGGCAUGCUUGGGGGCUUCUCCAGAAUCAGAACGAAAGCAGAGUGAGAGCAACAAGCCAGCAAAAGCAAAAGUCCCAGUUUCUAGUACAAGGUGAGAUGGCGAGCCCUUCAUUACUUCCUCCUCCAAUAUUGGGCUCUAAUGUUAAGGCCGCCCAUGCAUCAGAGCCAAUUCAGAAAUUGGUUGAUGAGGCCACUAGACUUGUGGCAGAGGGCUCCAAACUGAAGAGUGGCGUUUUGGAGUUCUUGCAAUCUAAGGAUCUGAACAAUGAGGCCACCACUCCAGAACAGAUAGCAUUGCAUAUGCUCAAAGUCCAGAGUGAUGGGUAUAUAGCUUCCCUGGAAAUGACUCAACGUUUGAUGGAGGCUUUGAAGAAAUAUGAGGUGGAAUUCAAGUACCAGCCUGCAUUGGAAAAUUGUUCCAUCAACUACAAACAAGAAGCCAUGCAUCAAUGUCAUCAAGCCGACUAAAAAAGGGGUUCUCUUAUGGUGUGCUUUCUUUGUUUUGAAUUCAUCUACUACUAAGUGGUUUUGAAGGGUUUUGAGCUUAAGAGAAGGCAUGUGGACUUGACCGGGAGCAACCAACAAGGAAAAUCACUCGGAUGCAGCCUAUCAACAAUGGGGCCCACCAUCGUGGAUUGGAUCGUAGAUGAAGAACAGAAGCUUCCACAACACCAUCCAAUAGAAAACGUGUUACCAAGCUCCAGUCCUCAUCAUCAUUAGCUUCAAAUGAAAUUGGCUUUAGUCAUGUUACGAGCUAAGAAAGGACUACUCUAAAACUGUAAAUCGCUUUUAUCUGUGAAUUGACUAGAUGGGAAGUACUCGGGAUCCAAAUAAUCAAAUGUCUCCUUCCCUAUGA